AUGUCCGACCCAAAGUCAACUCAAAUUAACAAACUGCAGGCACUUUUGACUGAUAUUAUCGACUCUGUCGGAUACUCGGAACUUUAUGGAUAUGACCUCCUCACCAUUGCAGAAAUUGAAAAGGGUACAACUAUUCGCGACAGAUUUUUAGAUAAGUUCUUGGUGGCAAACAAUUAUGACGUCCAACUUGCUUCUCAACAGCUCAAAGACACUCUUGCGUGGCGCAAAAAGUUCAAUCCAUUGUCUGCUGGGUUUUUGGAAAAACAUGAUGAUAAACUAAGCCAAAUUGGUAUCAUUACUUCAGUUCCUAUAACUCCUAAGGCAGCGGAAAAGAUUUUCACUCCAUCAUUCCAAGAAGACGCAAUUAGCGAAGAAAGCAGUGUUGUUGAUGGUCUUCCUGAAGCAGUUGAUGAACCUACGAAAGAAUCUGGAGAAGCAGAUGAAGAACAUGAACAAAAUAGGGAGGCAACCACCACCACCACCACCACCACCACUAACAAUACGGCUAGUGAGGCUGAAGAAUCAGAGGUACCCGCUACUUCUACAGCUUCUACAGCUUCUACAGCUGCCUCUGACAACCUUGUGGUUACUUGGAAUCUCUAUGGUCGCGUCCCCAACCGCGCUGAGGUCUUUGGGAAUUUGGACGCCUUUCUUCGGUACCGCGUGGGGCUCAUGGAGCGAGGCCUGGCAGCCCUUGACUUUACCAAACCUGAAACGUCCUACAUGGCCCAGGUCCAUGACUACAACAAUGUUUCAUUCUUGCGCCUGGAUGCCCCCACCAAGGCUGCUUCCAAGGCUACAAUUGAUAUUUUCACCAAGUACUACCCGGAGCUCUUGAAUGUCAAGUACUUUGUCAAUGUUCCACGUAUCAUGUCAUGGGUGUUUAGUUUUACGCGUAUGUUUUUGCCUAAGGCUACCCUUGACAAGUUCCACGUUGUUUCCGAUGGCCAUGACUUAGCUUUGCAGACAGGUAAUGUCUGGGUACCUCUUGAGUAUGGUGGUAAUGCUGAGUCUUUUGAUGCUAUUGUUUUGCCAGAUAUUGAACCUAGAGAUUCUGAAUUGGUUACCAAAUAUGAUCCUACGGUUAAACCAGCUGCUGUUCCAACAGAGCCAGUUCCUACUGCUACUGAUGCUACAGCUGAGACUGCAACUGAGACUGAGGAGGUUGCAGCUCCAGAGCCAGGAGCUGUUCCAGAGCCCAUUAAGAAGGAGGAACAAGAGGAGGAAAAAGAAGAAGAAGAGGCCGGCGAUAAGACUGCUACUACUUUUGCUGCUCCUGAACCUGGUGCUGUUCCAGAGGAGCCUCUUGAGACUACCAAAGUUGAGGAAGAAGAGACUAAAGAAGCUAGUGCUCCAGAAGUGACUGAAGCUCCAACAGUGACCAAGGCUGCUGAGAUUGCUGAAACUCAGGAGGUUGAGACUGCAGCUAUUAAGGAAGUUGAGACUAAGACUGAUGCUAUUCCUACUGUUACUACUACUGUUUAA